CUAACCCUGUUUCGUGAUUUUCGUGACAAUAAAAAUAACACCUUAAAACCUUAACACUUGAGACAAUGACUGCAGGGCAAAUUACUGUAACAGAAACACCUGGUUCAGACACAACUGUUUACUAAAACUGAUAAUUACCCUUUUUAUAAUGUUUAAGGAUGUUGUUAAUUAGUGUUAUUGUUGUCUUGUCACUGACAAAAAUGGGGGUAAAAGAGAUGUUAGGUGUAAUGGACACCUUUAAGCAUUUUGAAGCAGGUGCAUAUACAGUAUAUUUCCCUACCCUAGCUGUGCUAAAGGUUUUUGCAUAUUAUCAGACUUCCAUAAGACACCAACUGCUGAAGUCAGGAGAACAGCCACAGUGCAUUAUUGUCACCUUGACUUUGGUGUCGCAGCAGCCUCAAGCAAGACCUGCAGUCCUGAUCAAUCGUAGCAGUCACUUCAGACAUAACGAAAUGGGAAAUAUCAACACUGCAUGCCAGAUGAGCAACUACAGCAAAAGGAACGUCCGAGUGUACAUCACUGAGAAGGCUCUGGAGCUCGACAGCUUCAUCGACUCCCAUCCCGGAGAGGAUGAUAAGAUCGUGAAGUUCACCUUCAAGAAGGACGUCAAGGACGUCAAGUACGUCCGUGUGCCGGUCUCUCAGACUCAGGAAGUGCACUGGGAUGCUAAUCACUUUCUGUCUGUCUUCGUGGAGGAUGAAAAUGAUGAAAACAUUUAUUCCAAGCAAAUCAUACACAACAUGGCGCUGAGUGCUCCGAUUACUGUGCUGCUCUAUGAUGUGUAGAUUAACACCUUUUGCUCAUGUGUUCAUUACCGUCUGCUAGAGUGGGAGGUUGCAUUACGUUGCUGACUCAAACAGGUCUGAAUACUUUUUGCUGUCCACGUAUCUCUCGUGAUGCCACUAAUAAAAAAUUCUGCACAGCUUCA